GCGGCUGGCCCACGACUCGGCGACGAACCAACCGACCGACCUCAAUCCCCAAUAAAUACACCGCACGGCCUUUCGGCCCCCGUCCCCCGUCCCCUGUUCCCUCCUACGGACUCUCGACAGGCAGUUGUCUUCCGCCGCCGCCGCCGCCGCCGCCGGGUGUUAUCGGAGUUGGCGCUCGGCUGUCCUUGCUCUGCAUUGCCGCGCCGGAGGACGACCUACGCCGGCCGUAAGCAAGAAAUUCCUAUUUUUGGUUGUUUUGACUUCAAUUGGCGGCAUGAAACAUCAAAGGCAACCUAGUGGUAAUUUUGGUCCAAGAUCACGCACAUCUAGACUAAAGGGGAAAAAUGGAUCAUUGAGAAAAACGAAAAAAUCUAGGUUUGUGUCAAAGCCAAUGAUAAAGAUCCUAGGAGAAGUGAAGAAGGCACGGGCUAAUAUGAGAUCUAUCUAUCCCUCCAUGGUGGUUAACAACAAACUACGUAAGAGCAAUUCUAGUGAAAACGGUCAACGAGGUAAUCAAGUCUUACCACAAUCCGAGCAACAUCUUGAUGGUUGUAAAGUGGAACAACGGAAUCACGUAGCAAUGAAAGAAGAUUUUUCUCCAAUGGCAGUAAGUCCUAAAUCUAGGCAUGCAAGUUCUUCAGGAAAGCUGGUUAAACCUACCCUCGCGAGCUCAAUGACUUCAAAGAUGAAUCAAAGAUCCGUUCACCGUGCAAAAGGUGUCAAAAUGUCCAGUUCACAACCAACGAACUUAAAGGCAAUGCCAGGGUUGGUUCUCAAGUCAACAGGGCAAUUUAGACCCACCACAUGGAUGCAUAUGGGGGAUGGGAUGAAUGGUCGCAAUGAUAUAAAUAUAACCAAUGGUGGCAAUCUUAGGAGUAGGAAAGAGUCAUUACCGGAAGAAAUCCCCAAGUCACAUGAUGAUGGUUCUGAAGGUGAGAAUCCAACUCAUCAGACAAUUAAGAGACGGAGAAAAUAUAUAGGAUCAAAUGAAGAUGAAGAUGACAAUGACAAUGACAAUGACAAUCAGAGUCUGGAGGGUGUUGCCAAUGAUAUUUUGAAGAAUUGUCAUACUAGAGUUACUAAGCCAUUUGUUGCCAAUUGUCCCAAGAAGCAAUGCUAUUAUUGCUCCAAGCCCAUCGAUGAACCUGUCUGGAGUGGUCUUCUCAAUAUCGGCAAUAAGGUUUACGUACCAUUGUCUGGUCAUUUGUCGACUAAAUCAUGUGAGAAGGUGCACAAUUUGUCAAAAUUGUUGUCGCGUAUGGUUGAAGUGGCUAAACUACCUAGGUCAAAGGUUUGGCCUAAGAGAUGGGAGACAUGAAGACCUAUAGAUGACAACAUUGGUUUAUACUUCUUCCCCUAUAAGAUGAGGCCUGACAAGUCCCAUGACAAGCUACUUAAGGAAAUAAUGGAGAAUGAUUUAGCCUUACGGGCCAUUAUCGAUGAUGCUGAGAUGCUGCUGUUCCAUUCUAAUUUGCUUCCUAAACGAUAUCAGACGUUCCAAAUGAAACACUACUUGUGGGGUGUAUUCAAGCCCAAGGAAGUUGAAGGGAAACAGGUUGCUGCAUUGCAUCAACCUGACUGCUCCACUGGAGCUAGAGCAUUUGCUGCUAAUGAUACAGCCACCGGGAUUACUACUGAUGCUGCUUGCAUGCCCCAAGGAGCUUUUGGGGUUGCUACUGAUGUUAGCAUACCCACUGAAGAUGCUACUAAUGCUCCUACCGUACCUGCAGCAGAUCAUGGACAGAUGGACUCAUCAAUCGGUGCACCCCCCGGCAGGAUGAUUGCCUUUGUGGUCAAGGAGACCCCAAGGCUCGAGCAGCUCAUCCGGGAGAUGCAACGGGAAGGUACCUUGGUCAUGCAUGGGGAGAUGAUGAGUACUGGCUCUGGGCCAGGCAAUAUAGCAACUGUGACGCAGAGCGGGCAGCCAACCAAGACAUGAGUGGCUCACUGGAAGUACCCAAUCGGAUGGCGUCUUAGCCUCACUAGGAGCCAACAAAGUGGCGGUGGCUGUGACGAGCUCUUUAUAAAGCAGCAGCAAAGUUUCUGAAAGUUUUUUGCGUGCAGCAAGGGGACUUGAAUCUUUGCAUGCUCCUCGUGCUAUGUAGAGGAUGCCAAGCUUGCUUGUUAGUAUCGAACAAACCAAACGUGCCCUGUAUUGCUUAGGCUAGCACAGUUUAGUGUAGUUGCUGCUGGUUUGGCCCGUUGCUCCUGUGGAGUGGUGGUAUACUACCACUCGAGGCCGUGUUCAUUACUACCACUCGGAGCCAUGUUCAUCCUGCACGGUUAUGAAGUCCUAUCUCUGUAUCAAGUUCUGAUUACUAUAACUUCAGCUUAAGCUAUUAAUUGCUUUGCAUA